UUGACGGUGGAAAUUCUCCUAAAUCAUGGAGCGAGCCCCCAUGUUCUCGACAGAAAUCUCGAAACUCCAUUGCAUUAUGCCUCCCGAUAUUGCUACCCGGAAAUUGCAAAGAUGCUCAUGCAGAACGCUGGCGUCGACCCCAACGCUGUAGAUUACAGGGGGUGGACUCCGCUGCAUUAUGCU